AUGCCCGGCUUUGCGGAUUCGUUUUGGUCCAGCGACUACGCUGCAGGACUUGGUGUUCUCUUUGAGAAGCUUCAGCAGGGAGUCAAAGAGAAUAGACAAGUCUUGACUAUUGCCCGCAUGCGAGCCGAAGCCGAGGAAACUUACAGUAGCCAUCUGGCCAACGUUGUGCCGGCUGCUGAGAAGGUAUCGGGAGGCUUUUCCCGAGAUGAGGGCGCUACUGUUCGAAAGGCCUACGAUGGCAUCAAAAGCGAGAUGCAAGACGCCUCCGCAAACCACCACCGCAUAGCUUCAAGCAUCCGCGAUCUCGUCGUCAGCCCCUUUUCCAGAUGGUGCGAUGCCCACGAGAGCCGGUUACAAGACUCCCAGGACGAUUUGCAGUCACGUAUCAAAGCUCACGAUCGACAAGCGGAGUCGGUCAAGAAACUACGAUCGGUCUACUUCAACAAAUGCCGCCUGAUGGAGGAUCUGGAGGAGGAAAACAAGUUGGGUUUUCAAGAACCCGAGUCGAGUCCGAAAAACAAUACAACCCCGAAUAUUCCAGAGAUCAAGGUGCAGGAGGACGAGUAUGAGCCCGAGGAAGAUGUCUUUGAGAUCGGCGACGAGAUCUACCAGACAGAUCAAAUCAAACAGAUCCUUCUUCAAAUGCUGUCAACGAUCAAAAUGGGCGAACAUAAAGUCGCAAUCCUAGGCACGUAUCAAAAUGUGUCGACGGGUUCUGACAUUGUGGAGUAUGUCCAGCGCCACAUGGGUGGGACAAGCAUCAGCUAUGCCGAGCGCAUCGGCCAAGAUCUCAUCACGAACGGGUUUCUGCGCUUGAUUGGCAAUGUUGGCAGCGUUUUCGCCAAUAGUUCGAAGAUGAACUACCAAUGGAAGACAAAGGCAUUCCAACUGGCAGGCAUUCCUGAGAAAAAGGUCCCUCUUAACCGAACCUUUUCGAUGCCGUCGAACAACUCUGAAGUCGGAGGGGACUCUCCUGUUUUUGGCAAUGUGAGUGAAUACCUCGCCAAUUGGAACGUCAUGCCGAGUAGAGCGCACCCCGACGAGACUCCACGUCAAAGAUUACAGCGAGAGGCCAAAGAAGCGGACGACAAGUACAAGUUGGGUGUGAAGCGUCUCGAUGAACUUCGUUGCGAUCUAGAGGAAGCAAUUUUCUUGCAUCUCAAGUUUCUUGAGCGUUGCGAAUUCGACCGCCUCAAGGCCAUCAAGACAGUCAUAUUAGACUUUUCUGGGGCUAUUGGCAACGUCAUACCGAGUCUACAGUCCACAGUGGACAAAAUGAUGCUCUUUCAAGAAACUAUACAGCCUCAGGGCGACUUGAGGUAUCUUCUUGAGAACUAUCGGACUGGCUGCUUUGUGCCGAAAACUGUCGUUUACGAGAACUACUACAACAAGGCGGAUGAGCAGACUUUUGGGGUGGAUCUCGAAGCCCGCGCACGGGCUGAUAAGAAGCGCGUACCAGUCAUCGUUACAACCAUUCUUACUUACCUGGACCAUCACUACCCUGAUCUUGAGGGUGACGAAGCCAGGCGCGGCGUAUGGCUUGUCGAUGUUCCACUUGCUCAAACACACAAGUUACGGGCCCGGGUCAACGAUGGCAAGCAAUUUUCAGCGGAUAUCCUCGCCGAAUACGAUGUACCAACAGUUGCCAGUCUCUUGAAGUUGUAUCUCUUGGAGCUUCCUGACUCUCUAGUUUCCUCUCAUGUAUAUGAGAUAAUUCGUACCAUUUACAACAACCCCACGGCUAAUGGCACGGAGAAUUCCCGCGUCGCUGUACUCCAGCAAACGCUUUCUCAGCUGCGCCUCACAAAUAUCGCCACGCUGGACGCCUGCAUGAACCACUUCACUCGUCUCAUCGACCUGACAUCAGCCGAUGAGGUCUACGUUACAGCCCUUGCGGCUGUCCUGGCGCCGUGCAUUCUACGUCCACGCACUCAGACGUCCCUGACUCUGGAGGAAAAGCAUGCAUACAAACUUGUUCGUGACUUGCUUGCGCAUAAAGAUCAUAUUUUCGCCGAACUAAAGCGAAUGUCGACACUCAGUCAUUCAACGUCGGUGACAACCCAACGAUCUCGGGCCAUCAGCACAGACGAAAGCAAUCGCAAAGCUUUAAUGGAAGAGCGCAACCGUGCUCUACUGGAGAAGGCCAAUGCGAAUCGCAGCCGAGCUACCAGCCCAGCUCCAAGCCCGCGUGGCCACCGCCGUGACCGCUCUAGCGGUGGUCCAGAGACGCGCUUCCCUAUCCAGACAAGUCCUACCACAAGUAGUGACCGUCAACGUAGCAGUCUUGCGAAUAUUGGCAGCAUCACCGGGCCCAAUCUGACCAAAAGGUCCAGCCUUGAUGUGCCCGAUGGCGGCGACCUGCCGAACACCAGUGAGGGGCCGAACCAACAGCAUAAGCAGACAGAUAGCAUUGGCGGGAGCAAGGAGAGUGAGAAGCGAGACAGCAUUUCAUCGUCGAACCGCACAUCUGCCAAAUUCAUUGGCGGGCGUCGUGUACCUACGGCACCAGGUAGUGAAACUUCUCGAGGGGUGACUUUGGAAGAUAAACCGAUGGAGGAUUGAGAAAGUUUAUCAUCCUUGUUGCAUUGUCAGCGAGCCAGCCGGUGGAAUUGACUUAGAAAUUCUUCAGUCAGUGGAUUUGCUGUUUAUUACUAGUAGUUAUGCAUAUGUAUGUACUUUAUUGGGGAAUAAUAAGGUUUUGUGACGCAUUGUUGCUACAAAUUUUGUACUGCUAUAGGUAUGUUUAGACUUGCUUCUCAUCGCCACAAGUCUAAACUAAGGUAGUAUCGAAGCAGAUCAAACAGUUACCACUAUUACCCAGUGGCUGCCUCGCCUAGGGUCCCUUCCUUUGGUUUCCUGCUACUUGACUCCGAAUCGCCAUGACUUGCCGU